UUCUCUUUUUGUGUUUGCUUAAGUUGAUUGUUAAUUGUUGCACGCUUUACCAUCAUUUUCAGCACCAUGGACAGCAUCUUACUCUGCAGCUCUUGAAUAGUCAGCAAAAUAGUUCUAUAUUCAUAUGUAGAACUGCAAAACAUGAGAACAUUCUUUAUUCUCAGUCAAUGAUAUGCUGUUUUAUUGUUUUACUUACCCAUGAAGUGGAUUUAUUCUGUUGUGUGAAUACAGACUGAUAACUUUCUAGUUUUUAAAUAUGCUUGAUCUCCAGUGGUUUGCAUGUGACCUAAAUUAUUAUACCGACAAUGAAAUAUGCCCCUUUCAGUGCCCUUUUUUAAUAUCAACCAGGUUUUCUGAACUCCUUUUCUUUGUCAGCGGUUUCCUGAGCCAUAAUAGAAUCUUAGUCAUAUUUGUUGUUUGUUAAUUUGUUUGAUGCGUUUUGAAUUGCUGUUUUUGUUGAAUAUGACAAUUUUUAGAGAUGAAUACAUUACAAAAGCAUAACACUUAAGGUCAGGGUCAUAUUAGUAUUUUGAGGUGUUUUUUGUGGAGUACUAUGUUAAAAUAUUUUGAUUAACCACCAGUCAAAUGUAGUCAAACACUUAAUGUCCCAGAUAUAAUUCUAUGUUGCAUGGUGUUACUGAUUUUGGGCUCUAAGGGACGCUGUUGGUCAAUCCAACAUAAUGUCGAAAGCAUUACCACACAGUCCCCUCCCUUACCACCGUGGCCUGUGAGAGAAAAGGAGAUUGUGUGCAUUAUAUGGGCUGACAUUCGAGGAAAACAGACUCGCAUGAAUUUAUGAAUCCAUUCAGAUACUGAAUUGAAAAUAUAACAGAAGUCUUCUUUAGAUGAACAUUGGUGUGUUUUUAUUCGAAAUAGGUGCCGUGUUUGGACUUUUGCAGAGCAUUAUUUUCGUUCUUUUCCUUUUGCAAUGGCUUGUGGAAUACCUCCCGACACCCGGUGCUUAAAAUUGCGCUUUUGCUGCGGACAGAAUUUGCGUCUUCUUUUCUUCCUUUUUUAUCUCAAUAUGGUCAGUGGACAUAUCCGAUAUUCAAUCCCAGAGGAGAUGAAGAAAGGCUCUCUAAUCGGUAAUGUAGCACAGGACCUUGGUUUGGAUCUGAAAAGGCUUCGUUCUGGUCGGGCCCGUAUCGUGACCGGAGAGAGCAUCCAGUACACGGAGCUGAAGACAGACAAAGGGAUUCUAGUCGUCAAAGAGAGAAUAGACCGAGAGCAGCUUUGCGGAGAUAUAACGCCGUGUAGUUUCAGCUUUGAGAUGAUUUUAGAAAACCCUAUGGAGCUACAUCAAAUUACAGUUGAAAUUACAGACAUAAAUGAUCAUUCGCCAAAGUUCAAAAGAGAUAAAAUCCAUUUUGAAAUAAGCGAAACAGCUAAUACUGGUGCUCGUUUUACAUUGACUAGUGCAGAGGAUCAAGAUGUGGGUGUUAACGGACUCAGAGAAUAUUUUUUGACCGAGAAUGACAAUUUUGUUCUGAAGCAAAACUCUAAUGCAGAUGGAAAGAAAUAUGCAGAGAUGGUGUUACAGAAGCCAUUAGACAGAGAAACAAACCCUAGUCUGUCUCUAAAGCUCAUAGCCGUAGACGGUGGAACUCCGCAGAGAUCUGGUUCAGUAAAUAUAGACAUAACUGUUCUUGAUGCCAAUGAUAAUGCGCCUGUAUUUAACCAAUCUGUGUACAAAGCCACAGUGCUGGAAAACUCUCCCAGAGAUACUUACGUUACCACUGUUAAUGCCAGUGACGUUGAUUUCGGGUCAAAUAGUGUUAUAACAUAUUAUUUUUCAGAUCUCAAUAGUGGUCUCAGUGAUUUGUUUACAGUAAAUGAAGAAAGUGGUGUUAUUUCCAUAACAGGUUUAAUUGAUUAUGAAAAAGACAAAAAGUACGAACUCAGAAUCGAGGCAAAAGAUCAGGGAGGUUUAACGGAUUCAAGUAAAGUAAUAAUUGAAGUAACUGAUGUAAAUGACAACGCCCCUAUUAUUAGCGUUAUGUCAUUCACUAGUCCUGUGUCAGAGGAUUCUCCUUCUGGUACAACUAUUGGCAUUAUAAAUGUGAAAGAUCUUGAUUCAGGUGAUAACGGACAAGUGAACUGUAAAAUUGAACAAAAUGCACCUUUUAAGAUUACAUCUAAUUUGAGGAAUUACUACACUUUAGUAACAGACACUGUACUAGAUCGAGAAAGUGUCUCAGAAUAUAACAUCACUGUUGUUGCGACAGAUGCAGGAAUGCCUCCUCUCUCCACAAAAAGAACAUUUACUUUAAAGGUCUCUGAUGUGAACGAUAAUGCUCCAGUGUUUUCACAAGGUGUUUACAAUGCGUUUAUUACAGAGAAUAACUCUCCAGGGGUUUCUGUUCUCAUGCUAAGGGCUAGAGACCCUGAUGAAAAUCAAAAUGCACGUAUAUCUUAUAUUCUGGAAGAUGCUAAUAUUGGCGGGUCUCCAGUCUCUGAAUAUGUUUCUGUAAAUGCAGAAAGCGGAGUAGUACACAUAGUGCGCUCAUUUGAUUAUGAACAAAUCAAACAGCUCGUUUUCGUCGUCAAAGCUCAGGAUGGAGGCUCCCCUCCACUCAGUAGCAAUGUGAGUGUGAAAAUAAUGAUCCAGGACCAGAACGACAACCCCCCUCAGGUUCUGUACCCUGUCCAGACUGGUGGCUCUCUGGUGGCUGAGAUGGUGCCUCGUUCAGCAGAUGUGGGCUAUCUGGUCACUAAAGUGGUGGCUGUUGAUGUGGACUCUGGACAGAAUGCCUGGCUCUCCUAUAAACUGCAGAAAGCCACAGACAGGGCGCUGUUUGAAGUGGGCUUACAGAAUGGAGAAAUAAGAACUAUCCGCCAAGUCACUGAUAAAGAUGCUGUGAAGCAAAGACUGACUGUUAUAGUGGAGGACAACGGGCAGCCCUCUCGUUCAGCUACAGUCAUUGUUAACGUGGCGGUGGCGGACAGCUUCCCUGAAGUGCUGUCGGAGUUCACUGACUUUACACACGACAAGGAGUACAAUGACAACCUGACUUUUUACUUAGUGUUGGCUUUGGCUGUAGUUUCCUUCCUCUUCAUCACGUGUUUAGUGGUUAUUAUAUCAGUGAAAAUCUACAGAUGGAGACAGUCUCGCGUCCUGUAUCACUCCAAUCUCCCUGUGAUUCCAUAUUAUCCUCCACGUUACUCAGACACUUUGGGGACAGGGACUCUCCAACACGUGUACAAUUACGAGGUGUGCAGGACGACUGACUCCAGAAAGAGUGACUGUAAGUUCGGCAGAGCUGGUAGUCAGAAUGUGCUGAUAAUGGACCCCAGUUCUACAGGGACGAUGCAGCGGAUACAGAGUGAAAAGAGCAUCCUGGAUGAACCAGAUUCUCCUCUAGAGGUUAGUUAA